CCAAAUAUCAAAUAAAGGCGAAAGACGGAAGACUCCGUUUCCUCAUCUCUCUUCUUCUUUUCUUUCGAAAUAUAAAAUCUCUCUCUUUCUUCUCUAUUCUCCAAAGAAAAUUAUAAUAAGAGAAAAGCGAUAUUUCAGCUUCGUGUCUGAUCCCAAAGAAAGAAUCUAGGGUUUCUCGUAAUCAAAUUGCACCAAACAGGAUUUUUCUUUGUCAUUCAUAUAGAGCGAAGGUAUAGAAGGAGAUUUUGACUUGGAGGGUACCAAUUUUCGUGAUCAUUCUUAGUGGAUUAGAGUGUAGGUUUGUAAAUUUGGAAAUCAAAAUCGUGAUUUCUAGAAAUUAUGAGAACUUCAUGGGCAGAUUCUGGAUCAAACUCUGCUUCGGAGAGUGCAGUUCCUGCUUACUCUGGUAACAGCAGCGGAUCACGUCCUACCCGCGCCACUUAUGUUCCUCCACACCUUCGUAACCGUACACCUUCAGCAGAUCUUCCGGCAGCCUCACCUGCGGCUCAAGCACAGCCACAGGCCAAUGAUCGUGUAGGUUAUGGUGGACCUCCAGGAGGUUCCCGCUGGGCUGGUGGUUCUAGACCUGAUUAUGGGCGUCAAGCAUAUGGUUCUGGUGGUAGAACUGGUGGCGGCAGCAGCGGCAGCAGCAGUGGCGGUGGCAGUAGUGGUUGGAACAAUAGAAGUGGUGGAUGGGAUCGUGGCAGAGAGCGUGAGGUGAAUCCAUUUGGCAAUGAUGAUGAAGGGGAGGGCACACUUAAUGAACAAGAAAAUACAGGGAUUAACUUUGAUGCAUAUGAGGAUAUUCCGGUUGAGACAAGUGGGGACAAUGUGCCACCGCCUGUGAAUACAUUUGCAGAGAUAGACUUGGGUGAGGCAUUGAAUCAGAAUAUUCGGAGGUGCAAGUAUGUGAAGCCGACUCCAGUUCAACGUAAUGCAAUCCCUAUAAUUCUUGCGGGGCGUGACUUGAUGGCUUGUGCUCAGACAGGGUCAGGGAAGACAGCUGCCUUCUGCUUUCCAAUUAUUACUGGAAUUAUGCGGGAGCAGUAUGCUCAGAGAUCUCGUGGGCCAAGGACUGUUUACCCACUUGCUCUUAUCCUCUCCCCUACAAGGGAGCUAUCAUGUCAGAUACAUGAUGAAGCCAGAAAAUUUUCAUAUCAAACUGGUGUCAAGGUUGUAGUUGCUUACGGAGGAGCACCAAUAAACCAACAGUUGCGAGAGCUUGAAAGAGGGGUUGAUAUUCUUGUGGCAACUCCUGGACGCCUGGUGGAUUUGCUUGAGAGGGCUAGAGUGUCACUGCAGAUGAUUAGAUAUUUGGCACUUGAUGAGGCAGAUAGGAUGCUGGAUAUGGGUUUUGAGCCUCAGAUUAGAAAGAUAGUGGAACAAAUGGACAUGCCCCCACCUGGAAGGAGACAGACAAUGCUGUUUAGUGCCACUUUUCCGAAAGAAAUACAGAGACUCGCAUCUGAUUUUCUUUCAAAUUAUAUUUUCUUGGCUGUUGGAAGGGUUGGUUCUAGUACUGAUUUAAUUAUCCAAAGAGUUGAAUAUGUUCAUGAGACUGACAAGAGAAGCCAUCUAAUGGACCUUCUUCAUGCACAAAGGGAAACUGAAACUAAUGGCAAGCAAUCUUUGACAUUAGUUUUUGUGGAAACAAAGAAGGGAGCUGACUCCUUGGAACAUUGGUUGUGCAUGAAUGGGUUUCCUGCUACAACAAUUCAUGGUGAUAGGACACAACAGGAAAGGGAAAUGGCACUAAGAUCAUUCAAAAGUGGGAAGACACCAAUUUUAGUAGCAACAGAUGUGGCGGCUCGUGGUCUUGAUAUACCUCAUGUGGCUCAUGUAGUCAACUUUGAUCUUCCCAAUGAUAUUGAUGAUUAUGUUCACAGGAUAGGGCGAACAGGACGAGCUGGAAAAUCAGGUCUAGCAACAGCUUUCUUCAAUGAGAACAAUAUGUCACUUGCAAGAGCUCUAUCUGAUUUAAUGCAAGAAGCAAAUCAGGAGGUACCUGCUUGGCUAACUCGCUUUGCUUCACGAGCUCCAUAUAAUGGUGGUAAGAAUCGGCGAAGUGGGGGCGGCCGAUUUGGUGGCCGUGACUUUAGAAGGGAGGGCUCUUUUACUAGGAGCACAGAUUAUUAUGGUGGAGGGAAUAGCGGUAGCGGCGGUGGCAGCAGCAGCGUAGGAUAUGGGGUUCCUAGCAGUUACGGCGGUGGAUAUGGUCCGGGUGUGGCCAGUGCUUGGGAUUAGUGUCCCACAUUUAGAUUAAAAUUCUCUUGUUUUCUCAUGAGUUAAAAUUAUAAUCCCCCACCCCAUUGUAGAAUCAAGGAACAAAAUUUUAAGUGUCCAUUGUUCUUGAUUUAAUUUUCCAUUGUAACUAUGGAAAGUUGUAUGGUGUUCUCCAUGAACCCAACAUAUUGAAACUAACAGAAUAUGCUUUAGUAGUUAAUGAGCAGAGCUAGAGCUUCUGUCAAACCAAAACAUCCAUGAGCCUUGUAAAGCAUUCCAAAUAGUUACAGGUUAGAACUUGAGAAUUUCCCCCAUGAUUUCUUAUCCGCAUACCUCAUUUACAAUUCCCGUUUUAGCAUUUCACAAUUAUGUAAUGAAAUUAAAUUCAAUUUUUAAUCAUUUCAUUGUAUUUCAAUAAAGCUAUUCAUUUUAUU